UGCAGUGAGCGGAGAUAUUGCCACUGCACCCCAGCCUGGGCAACAGAGUAGGACUCCGUCCGGAAAAAAUAAAAAAAAAAAAGAAGGAAAAAAAGUGGACUGUGAAAACCGAAUGGACUAGAAAAACUUUAUACUACAAAGAUACAGAAACCAAGAAAGCACCAUACGCGUUUGCCUCUAACUGCUUCCCAACUUGUUUUCCUCUUUCAAUUUGAUUGCGGGUUCCUCUCCAGAAGGAACUCCACAGUACUUAGCGUUGGCCACAUAGUAGGUUCUCAAAUACUUGUUAAUAAGUUUGUUCGAGAAGCUGGGCCGUAAUAUUCUACAGCUGGAAGAAGAAACAUAAUGAUCUAGUAAUUAGCUCAUUAAAAAUAAACGUCCUUCAUUCCUCAGAGGAGCAUUUCCCAAGGCCUGUCUUAAUAGCCAUCCAAAACGGCCAAGCUUAUCCAAUCUUGCCCUAGAUUUAUGCUAAAAUGCAGUUACAAUCUAUAGGAUGACAGAAAAAUACAGCACUUACUUAAAUAUAAUAGGCACUUAUUUAAAUCGGAGAAACUGUGACUUCAUAGCAAGUGUUGGGGUUAGGAAACUGGGUGGAUAAACUUGCUGAUGCUGUAGAUCUUAGUCGCUACAUGAGAUCACGUGGAAAAUCUGAAUUUGAAAGCUUUUUAGGUUCCUUAUGUUUGCAAUCAAAUGACUGUACACCUUUUAAUUUAAAAAGUACUAUGAGGCACACACACACUCGCAGGAACUUUUUGGCGUAACAAAACUAGAAUUAGAUCUAAAGCUAACUGUAGGACUGAGUCUAUUCUAAACUGAAAGCCUGGACAUCUGGAGUACCAGGGGGAGAUGACGUGUUACGGACUUUGAUAAAAGCAGCUGGCUUUGAAUGGAAGGAGCCAAGAGGCCAGCACAGGAGCGGAUUCUUCGAGCUCACGGCCAUCGAGCCUAACCUCUCGCAGGUCCGUGAGCCGUUAAGGAGUCUCCCAGUCCAGACCCUUCGCCCCAAGCCCCUCGGGGUCCCGGGGCCUGGUACUCCUUGCCACACGGGAGCGGGGCGGAAGCCGGGGCGGAGGAGGAGCCAACCCGGGGCUGGGCUGAAACCGGCAGAGGAAGACGCUCUAGGGAUUUGUCGCGGACUAGCGAGAUGGCGAGGCUGAUUGGGGGGCGAAGGUACACCCUAAUCUCAACACAACCUUUGGGGCUAAGCCAGCAAUGGUAGAGGAAAGAUUCUGGACGUCCCUUCCAGGCAGCCACCUCGUCGCCUCCCCCAUCCCCCUCCCCCGCCCCGGCCGGAGCUGAGAGUAAUUCAUACAAAAGGACUCGCCCCUGCCUUGGGGAAUCCCAGGGACCGUCGUUAAACUCCCACUAACCUAGAACCCAGAGAUCGCGGCGUUCCCGCCCCCUCACCCGCCCGCUCUCAUCAUCACCAAGGUGGAGAAGAGCAUGUGUGAGGCUCCGGUGCCCGUCAGUGGGCAGAGCGCACAUCGCCCACAGUCCCCGAGAAGUUGGGGGGAGGGGUCGGCAAUUGAACCGGUGCCUAGAGAAGGUGGCGCGGGGUAAACUGGGAAAGUGAUGUCGUGUACUGGCUCCGCCCUUUUCCCGAGGGUGGGGGAGAACCGUAUAUAAGUGCAGUAGUCGCUGUGAACGUUCUUUUUCGCAACGGGUUUGCCGCCAGAACAGAGGUGUCGUGAAAACUACCCCUAAAAGCCAAAAUGGGAAAGGAAAAGACUCAUAUCAACAUUGUCGUCAUUGGACACGUAGAUUCGGGCAAGUCCACCACUACUGGCCAUCUGAUCUACAAAUGCGGUGGCAUCGACAAAAGAACCAUUGAAAAAUUUGAGAAGGAAGCUGCUGAGAUGGGGAAGGGCUCCUUCAAGUAUGCCUGGGUCUUGGAUAAACUGAAAGCUGAGCGGGAACGUGGUAUCACCAUUGAUAUCUCCCUGUGGAAAUUUGAGACCAGCAAGUAUUAUGUGACUAUCAUUGACGCCCCAGGACACAGAGACUUCAUCAAAAACAUGAUUACAGGGACAUCUCAGGCUGACUGUGCUGUCCUAAUUGUUGCUGCUGGUGUUGGUGAAUUUGAAGCUGGUAUCUCCAAGAAUGGGCAGACCCGAGAGCAUGCGCUUCUGGCUUACACACUGGGUGUGAAACAACUAAUUGUUGGUGUUAACAAAAUGGAUUCCACUGAGCCACCCUACAGCCAGAAGAGAUAUGAGGAAAUUGUUAAGGAAGUCAGCACUUAUAUUAAGAAAAUUGGCUACAACCCCGACACAGUAGCAUUUGUGCCAAUUUCUGGUUGGAAUGGUGACAACAUGCUGGAGCCAAGUGCUAACAUGCCUUGGUUCAAGGGAUGGAAGGUCACCCGUAAGGAUGGCAAUGCCAGUGGAACCACGCUGCUUGAGGCUCUGGACUGCAUCCUACCACCAACUCGUCCAACUGACAAGCCCUUGCGCCUGCCUCUCCAGGAUGUCUACAAAAUUGGUGGUAUUGGUACUGUUCCUGUUGGCCGAGUGGAGACUGGUGUUCUCAAACCUGGUAUGGUGGUCACCUUUGCUCCAGUCAACGUAACAACUGAAGUAAAAUCUGUCGAAAUGCACCAUGAAGCUUUGAGUGAAGCUCUUCCUGGGGACAAUGUGGGCUUUAAUGUCAAGAAUGUGUCUGUCAAGGAUGUUCGUCGUGGCAACGUUGCUGGUGACAGCAAAAACGACCCACCAAUGGAAGCAGCUGGCUUCACUGCUCAGGUGAUUAUCCUGAACCAUCCAGGCCAAAUAAGUGCUGGCUAUGCCCCUGUGUUGGAUUGCCACACGGCUCACAUUGCAUGCAAGUUUGCUGAGCUGAAGGAAAAGAUUGAUCGCCGUUCUGGUAAAAAACUGGAAGAUGGCCCUAAAUUCUUGAAGUCUGGUGAUGCUGCCAUUGUUGAUAUGGUUCCUGGCAAGCCUAUGUGUGUUGAGAGCUUCUCAGACUAUCCACCUUUGGGUCGCUUUGCUGUUCGUGAUAUGAGGCAGACAGUUGCGGUGGGUGUCAUCAAAGCAGUGGACAAGAAGGCUGCUGGAGCUGGCAAGGUCACCAAGUCUGCCCAGAAAGCUCAGAAGGCUAAAUGAAUAUUAUCCCUAAUACCUGCCACCCCACUCUUAAUCAGUGGUGGAAGAACGGUCUCAGACCUGUUUGUUUCAAUUGGCCAUUUAAGUUUAGUAGUAAAAGACUGGUUAAUGAUAACAAUGCAUCGUAAAACCUUCAGAAGGAAAGGAGAAUGUUUUGUGGACCACUUUGGUUUUCUUUUUUGCGUGUGGCAGUUUUAAGUUAUUAGUUUUUAAAAUCAGUACUUUUUAAUGGAAACAACUUGACCAAAAAUUUGUCACAGAAUUUUGAGACCCAUUAAAAAAGUUUAAUGAGAAA